AAUUUGUCAUUGACUCUCCCUUGAAGGUCAGGAACCCAUGCACAGAGGCACCAAAUGUUGAAUGGCAGCUCCACAACUGAGUUCCUCCUCCUGGCACUCGCGGACACACGGGAGCUGCAGCUCUUGCACUUCUGGCUCUUGCUGGGCAUCUACCUGGCUGCCCUUCUGGGCAAUGGCCUCAUCAUCACUGCCGUAGCCUGCGACCACCACCUCCACACUCCCAUGUACUUCUUCCUCCUCAACCUCUCCCUCCUCGACCUGGGCUCCAUCUCCACCACUCUCCCCAAAGCCAUGGCCAAUUCCCUGUGGGACACCACGGCCAUCUCCUACACAGGAUGUGCUGCCCAGGUCUUUUUCCUUCUCUUCUUGAUUGUAGGGGAGUAUUUUCUUCUCACCGUCAUGGCCUAUGACCGCUACGUUGCCAUCUGCAAACCCCUGCACUACGGGACCCUCCUGGGCAGCAGAGCUUGUGUCCACAUGGCAGCAGCUGCCUGGGGCAGUGGGUUUCUCCAUGCCGUGCUGCACACUGCCAAUACUUUUUCCCUCCCACUCUGCCAAGGCAAUGUCCUGCACCAGUUCUUCUGUGAAAUUCCCCACAUCCUCAAGCUUGCCUGCUCACACUCCUACCUCAGAGAAGCCGGGCUUCUUGUGGUUAGUGCCUGUUUAUUCUGUGGGUGUUUUGUUUUCAUUGUGGUGUCCUAUGUGCAGAUCUUCAGGGCCGUGCUGAGGAUCCCCUCUGAGCAGGGACGGCACAAAGCCUUUUCCACAUGCCUCCCUCACCUGGCUGUCGUCUCCCUGUUUGUCAGCACUGCCAUCUUUGCCCACCUGAAGCCCCCCUCCAUCUCCUCCCCAUGGCUGGAUCUGGUGGUGACUGUGCUGUAUUCGGUGGUGCCUCCAGCAGUGAACCCCCUCAUCUACAGCAUGAGGAACCAGGAGCUCAAGGAUGCCCUAUGGAAACUGGCCGAACGGAUGCUGUUUCACCACGAGGAAGAGCUGGUCAGGGAUGUGAAGACCAGUGUCAACCUUGGCUGCAGUGACCAUGAAAUUGUGGUCUCCCAGAUUCCCGGGAAAUGGGGAAGGAGAGUAGCAGAGCACAGACCCUGGACAUGA